GAAAUUGGGCGAAUUUCUUGCGCCCACAAAAUCGAAAAUUUGAGUUCAUUCUCGUUCUGUUUUGCAUCGUGUUCAGUCCUCUGAUUUUAUUCUCGUUAUCUUCGCGCGUUUGUUCUUGCCUCGUCGUCAGAUGUUUGAUAUGUACUUGGAUUAAAAAUUGUUCAAAACAACUUAUUAAGUGUGGAUUAACUGGUGCAUUAAAACAAAAAAAAAAAACAAUUUCCAUUACCCAGCGAAAAGAAACUGUAAAAAAUAAAAAUAAUAAAAAAUUGAAAAAAAAAAAUUAAAAUUGUGUGAGCUACUGAACUGACCUUAAUCAAAAGCAAAUAAAAACAACAGCAACAAUAAAAGCGUAUAAAAACAAAUAUAAAAGAUCGAGAAGAUGCCGCAAGUAGCAUUUCAAUGAAUGGAAAAUAAUAAAAGCUAAUUUAAUUACAAUAAAAAACGGAAAAUAAAAACAAAAAGACAAAGUAAAUAGAAUUUAAGGAUAAACAAUAAAAAUUUGUUAAAAAUUGUGUACAAUACAUACAUACAAACAUACACAAAUAAAAAAAAAAACACACACAAAAACAAGAAGAAAAUGUUGUAACAAGUGUUGAGUGUUUGUGUGCAUUUUUGUGUGAAUUUUUCUCAACUACAUUUGCUCGUAUGUUUAUCUAUCUAUUCAUUUAAGCGCUCGCCAGUCUCGCUCCUCAACGAACGCGUCCACCGUCAGCACGCUAAGGAAUUUUAUUUGAAUUGCAAUUGAAUUCAAAGAAAUCGUAAAGAUAUUGAGAAAUAAAACAACAAUAACAACAACUACAAAAGUAUAUACACAAGCAAACGAAAAAAAAUAUAAAAAACAACAACAACAGCAAAGGUCUUUUCAAAAGCCAACGAAUUAAAUAAGAAAUUCUGUUAAAUUACUUUCAAUUUUGAUUACAUCAACGAAGCGGCGUGCACAGGCACACACACAUACACACAGAGAGACAACAACAACGUGCUCACAUCACAACAACAACAGCGUAUCCAGACCAGCCCAAACCACCCACUCGCGUGAGGCGUACGUGUGUGCUAUUGGCUUGUAGACACAAUCAUAUAACUGUAUAGGCAAGCAGACCGACACACAUACAUAUUCUCCUACAAACACACACUGAAACGUUCACCUUACUUAUAUGAGCACCUUGAACCUCAGCCGCAACUGGUUGCUCUUGUUGUUGUUGGCGUCGUCUAAUCAUCAUCAUAUUUUGUCAUAGCUUCUAAUUGUUGAAGACAACGUUCGCGUGUUGCUGUUGUUGUACAGCGCUCAGAUAGUGAAAUACACUCCACUCGACUCGAUAGCACUUGAGUGCUUUGGAAUGUUUAAUUGAUUUCUCAAAUGUUGUGAUAUCAAUUGAAAUCAUUGGAAACAAACAAGAAAUCGGCAAGGACUAGUGCAAUUAUAGAACAAUUUAACCAGCAAUUAGACGACCCGUUUCUCUAAUCACUCCAAUCAUCUAAUUCUCUUAAAUUUGAGAAAUUUUCUGUUAUAUUUGAUUGAGCAAAGUGACAUCUUUACUCCGGAAAAUUAUAUCACUACGACGAACUCGUUAUUGGCUUGACAAAUCUGCAGACAAACUUUUAAAUUUGUAGGAUUACCACUUUCCACCGUGCAUUUAAUCAGGAAAAACGUCAGCGUGUAACUCAAACGUCAAAACCAAAUGUUGGGUAAAUUCACAUCGAAUCAUGUGCAGGUGUAUCAUCAGUACUCGCGUACCAUCUCUGUGAAGAAGCCAAAGAAGCAUACACCUCGCAGCUGGAUUGAGACAAAUUUUCAAAAAAGAGAAUGCAUCAAAUUCAUACCAUGCCCCAAAGAUGAGACCAAAUGUUGUUGCGGUCAGUCACGUCAAACCCAUCAAACGAUACCGGGUAUCGAAAGUGGUUCGCCCGGUGACAGUUGGCUGCCACAAAAGCACACGAGAGCACAACCCACCGAUGCAUAUGGUACAAUUGAAUUUCAAGGUGGUGCACAUCCGACCAAAGCUCAGUAUGUGCGCCUGUCCUUCGAUACACGUCCGGAAUUGUUGGUGCAGUUGUUUACCAAAGAAUGGAAUUUGGAAUUACCGAAACUUUUGAUUACAGUACAAGGUGGCAAGGCGAAUUUCGAACUGCAACCAAAGUUGAAAAAGGAAAUUCGUAAAGGCCUUUUGAAAGCGGCGAAGACGACAGGAGCAUGGAUAUUCACAGGCGGUACAAAUACAGGUGUUACGAAACAGGUGGGCGAUGCUUUGCUGCUCGAGGGCCAACAGCGGAGUGGGCGUGUUGUCAGUAUCGGUAUUGCACCCUGGGGUAUAGUGGAGCGUAAUCAUGAACUUUUAGGGCAUAAUCGUGAGGUGCCCUGUCACAGCAUAAGUUCACCAAGGUCCAAAUUAGCUGUGCUGAAUAAUCGUCACGCUUACUUCCUGCUGGUCGAUAACGGUACACAGGCAAAAUAUGGCGCUGAGUUGAUAUUGCGACGAAAAUUGGAGAAAUUCAUAUCGAACUUGAAGCUACAUCCAUUUACACAUUCCAGCACACCGGUCGUCUGCCUGGUUAUCGAGGGUGGCACAAAUACGGUACGUGCCGUGCUUGAGUACGUGACGGAUACGCCGCCGGUGCCGGUGGUGGUAUGCGAUGGCUCGGGUCGUGCGGCCGAUCUGAUAGCGUUCGUGCACAAAUACGCCUCCGAUGGCGAGGAGCAGCCGGUGCUGGAGUCUAUGCGUGACUACUUAAUUACAACUAUACAAAAAACUUUCGAAGUCGGCUUCGAUCAAGCCGACAAACUUUAUCAGGAACUUUUGCAAUGUACACGAAAUAAAAAUUUGAUAACCGUUUUUCGCAUACAAGAGAAGCCCGAAGGCGAGGCACAGGAAUUGGAUCAGACCAUAUUGACGGCGCUCUUCAAGUCGCAACACUUGAGCCCACCGGAACAGCUGAGUUUGGCAUUGACAUGGAAUCGCGUUGAUAUCGCUCGCAGCGAAAUUUUCGUCUAUGGUCAAGAGUGGCCGCAUGGUGCUCUGGAUGAGGCGAUGAUGCAGGCGCUCGAACACGACAGAAUCGAUUUUGUGAAAUUACUUUUGGAGAACGGUGUUUCAAUGAAGAAAUUUUUGACAAUACCACGCCUUGAGGAAUUGUAUAAUACAAAACAUGGUCCAGCCAAUACUUUAGGUUAUAUUUUACGCGACGUACGUCCACACAUACCAAAGGGAUACGUCUACACAUUACACGAUAUCGGUUUAGUUAUUAACAAAUUAAUGGGAGGCGCAUAUCGCUCAUAUUAUACACGCCGAAAAUUUCGUCCGAUCUACGCCAAAGUAAUGAACAGUUAUGCCAAUGCACACCGCAAAUCCUCAACAUAUCAACGUUAUGCUGGCGCAAAUUCCUUGAGUUUGGUCACCGGAUUGCUGCCGUUCACAACGGAAAUGGCACUUUUCGAAUUUCCUUUCAACGAAUUGUUGAUUUGGGCUGUGCUUACGAAGCGUCAACAAAUGGCUUUGUUGAUGUGGACGCAUGGCGAGGAGGCGUUAGCCAAAUCACUGGUGGCCUGUAAACUUUACAAGGCCAUGGCGCACGAGGCUGCCGAGGAUGAUUUAGAUACGGAAAUCUAUGAUGAAUUGCGUGCAUAUGCGAAGGAAUUCGAAAGCAAAGGUAUUAAACUAUUGGACUUCAGCUAUCGCACUGAUGGGGAGAAGGCUCAACGACUACUCACCUGUGAGCUGCACUCAUGGUCGAACCAAAGUUGCCUUUCGCUGGCGGUGGCUGCCAAUCAUCGUGCACUCUUGGCGCAUCCAAGCAGUCAAGUGAUAUUGGCCGAUUUGUGGAUGGGCGGUUUGCGAACACGCAAAAAUACAAAUAUUAAGGUCAUCUUAGGUCUUUUGAUACCAUUUUAUAUCAGACAUUUGGAUUUCAAAUCCAAAGAAGAGCUACAACAAAUGCCACAAACCGAAGAGGAGCAUCUAGAGAAUCAAAAUUUGGACAACGACGAUUCGGAUCGUUCGCAACCUGACGCCGAGAACGCGCUAACCAAAGCGAAACGAUCCAUUUCGUUCAAAUGUAGGAUGAGCAGUAACAAUAAUCCAGACAAGGCACUUUUGGCGGACACAUACUCCCUACGUGAUACCAAAGUACAAGAAAAUGGAAAAGUUUCACUCACCGAUUCCGAUCCAUCACAGUUCCGUGAUAUUUUUAAUUUGGGCGAUUACGAGCUGAAGCAGCAUCAGCCGCUGCGUUUGAAGAAGAAAUUUUAUGAAUUUUAUACAGCGCCAAUAACAAAGUUCUGGGCAGAUUCGAUUGCCUACAUGUUUUUUCUAUUCAUGUUCACCUACACCGUGCUGGUGAAGAUGGGUCCGACGCCGCGUUGGCAGGAAGUCUACUCAAUCGCGUACAUAGCCACAUUGGGUUUUGAGAAAAUACGGGAAAUUAUCUCCUCAGAACCGGUGGCCAUAACCCAUAAAUUUGCGGUCUGGGCCUGGAAUAUGUGGAAUCCUUGCGAUGCAGCCGCUAUUAUCUUGUUCCUGAUCGGUUUAUCGCUACGCUUUCGACCCAACACAAUGGAUAUCGGACGCGUGAUUUACUGUGUGGAUAGUAUUUAUUGGUAUUUGCGAAUACUCAAUAUUUUGGGUGUCAAUAAGUAUUUGGGUCCACUGGUCACUAUGAUGGGUAAAAUGGUUAAGAACAUGAUUUAUUUUGUGGUGCUCUUAGCUGUGGUGCUAAUGAGUUUCGGCGUCAGUCGUCAGGCCAUACGGCAUCCGGGCAAUGAGCCAACAUGGGGUUUAAUUAAAGAGGUUUAUUAUCAGCCGUACUUCAUGUUGUAUGGUGAAGUGUUCGCCGAUGAUAUUGAUCCACCUUGCGGUGAAGAGCCUCAUCAGAAGCCGUGUCCUACUGGCCACUGGGUGACACCGAUCAUAAUGGCAAUGUACCUGUUGAUUGCCAACAUUCUGCUAAUUAACCUGCUGAUUGCCGUUUUCAAUAACAUUUUCAACGAAGUGAACUCCGUUUCGCAUCAGGUUUGGAUGUUCCAACGUUUCACCGUCGUCAUGGAGUACCAACAGAAGCCCGUGCUGCCACCACCCUUCAUCGCGCUCUGCCAUUUCUACUCGCUGCUCAAGUAUUGUAUACGCAAAGCGAAAGGAUUGGAGGUUCAACGUGACAAUGGUUUAAAAUUGUUUUUGGAAAAGGAUGACAUGGAGCGUUUGUAUGACUUCGAAGAGGAAUGUGUGGAGGGUUUCUUUCACGAACAGGAAAUCAUAUUGAAUCAAUCGACUGAUGAACGUGUUAAGAACACCACCGAACGUGUUGAAAUAUUGGCGCAAAAAAUUGAGGAUAUCAACCAGAAGGAGAAUGUGCAAACAGCCACAGUGCAGAGUAUCGAAUUUCGUCUACGCAAAAUGGAAGAAUCCUCCGAGCAAAUACUUUCGCACUUGGCGGUCAUACAUCGUUUCAUGUCCAUGCAUAUGCUUGAUGGUGUUGACUUGCAAGCGUCCAAUAUGAAUAUAGCUACGGAUCUGCAACGAGUACGAACGGUCUCGAUGUCGGAUAAUGAAGCACCGAUGCCAGCAGCGAAUUUACAGGUCAACAAUCGCCGUCGCUUCAACCGUUCACUCACGGAGGUGCGUCCCGAUGCAUACAUUUUCGAUGAAGGCACCCACUUCGAGGUGGUACCAGUACCUGAAGAGCCCGACGAGCUGGUGAAGUCACGCGAGGCACUCAACGAACAUGUCGGCCGCAAGAUAUCCAUGCAAUCCGAAUCCGAUUCGGACAUUUACCUGCCCAUGUCGCAACGACCGUCCACAUGUGAGACUGUAAAGCGCACACCCUACGUCACGGUGCGACAAGACACCGGCGCUAGCACCGAAAGCAAAGACACUCUAACGCCGCUGGGCGCUGACGACGACCACACGCUGGUCGGUGAGAAUUCAGACGAGACCAAUCAGGAGCUCAAUUUCGAAGCCGCCAAGCGUCGUGCCAUGCGCCAACGCACCGUGUCGCUGUGUCGUCGCAACUCCGAAGCGUGCUCCAUCAUAGCUGCUGCCGAUAUUAACCGCUCACACAUAAGUCUGAAUCAGUUGCCGUUGUCACGUCGGCAAAUGAGUCUCACACAAUCUGAGCCGGAUAGUGACAAGGAGGCGAUUGGAGGGGGAAAAGCCGCAUUGCAUGCGAAAUCCUCCAGAAACAUUCUACUGAAGUUCCACACCGAAUACACUUCAAUCACGGAUGAAUUGGAGAGCGUAUGUCAUUUGAUUGCAUCGCCGACGGUCUCAUUGCCAAGCAAUAAAGCAUCACUGGAUCGUCCGACGGGCGAGAUGUCUAAGGCCGAGUUUGCUGCCUUGAUGGAGAAGCAGCAUUUGAAGGAAUGCGAAGAGAACGACUACAUGAUGCUCGAAGGACUGUUCCAGGCACGUGCGUCCAUCGAUGACACCGACACUUCAUUUGGGACCGGUGUAUCGGCGGAGUUUAGUCAUCGCCAUCCAUUACGUCGUGAGACAGCCAUCGAACUUUCGCCGUCCAAACCGCCUUCAGGAGGUGGCAUGCUCGGCUGCGGUAACAGCAGUGACACGAGCGGUGCCGGCAGUGGAGGAGGCGGCGGCGGUGGUGCGACCGGCGUAUUUGCCAGCUCCUCUACGGGACCAACCGGUUUCCAGUUGAAGAACGAACGCCCCUGGCAACGCAACUCAUCGAUGGAGCAGCAGCAAACAUAUCAGACGCCAGCGGUGCCAACGCGUGCUGCCAGCGAGUUCCUCAAUGCGCCCUUCGAAAGCACUGGCAGAUUAUUCAAGAAAUCCAGCGAAAGCUUACAAAAGGGCUCCAGCACGGAGACCGACUACUCAGCGCAUCCGUAUCGCUUCAUCAAGCAAAGUUCAAACGACACAACCACCUCAAUGACCGGUUCCUACAACAUCGACACACCAUCACUGGCGGCCGAGCUCUCGCUCGACGCGGUCGACGCCAACACCCAGACGACAGCGGAAUGCAACGUCAGCAGCAGCACCACGAACACGGCUGCAGGCAACGGCGGCAGCGCGAGCGACACCACAGCGCGUUACCUGCCGCUGCGCACCGCCUCCAUGGGCGCUGGUGAUGGCAAGCGCGAUGCUGCUAACAAACGCGCCGGCGACAUCAUGGAGCUCAGUGCCACAGCCACAGCUGCGGCGGCGGUAAUAUCGCAGGUGCAGUCCGCGCUGCCGCGUGCCAUGCAGCUGAAGAAGCAGUUUAGUGUGGAUCAGGCGAACAAAACGCAGCCGCAGCAGCUGCAACAAUAUGCAACGCAUGUGCAACAACAACAACCACAGCAGCACAAUGUAUUGCCGGCCACUGCGUCGGCGACGAUUGCCACAGCCUCAACGGUCGCCGGCGUAUUGGCCGAUAAGGUGAGCGUGAGCGGUGCGGCUGCUGUGCUGCCAGCGCUUGCCGGGCCAGCCAAAUUGUUGUCCUCACUUAAGCCGCCCGGCGGCAUCAAAACGCUCGGCAUGAACAUACUCAAGGAGAGCAGCUCCAGCACAGAGGAGUCGAAAGAGAGUGGCGGCGGUGGCGAACCAGCGUCACUGAUGCCGCAAAUAAGCACACACACGGUACAAGACGAGAUCGCCAAGCUGUCGUCGAACAUCAAGUCGAGCACCGAAUCGGAGAAGGAUCCGCCGUACAAUGAGACAAUGUGCUGAUCGCUAAAAGCCGAUAUCGAACGCCUACGGCAUACACACAUACACUUGUACUACCUGUAGGGCUAGCCUAUGCACCUAGCUAGCUAGCUUAAGUAACCGUUUGUAUUUUUAUUAUUGUAUAUAACUAUGUAUGUGAUUCUACGUUGUUGAUUAGUGGUGUAGAGCGUUUAGGGGGCGUUUAGAAAUCUAUAUAUAUAUAAAGAUUUAUAUAUAUGUUUAUGCAUGUAGAGGCGGGAGCAAAUAUAUGUUUACAAUUAAGCUGAAGUUGAAGUUGAAAUUGAAAAUUAGGUCUAGUAGCAAAUUAUGUAUGUAUGUAACUGAGAUGCUGUUGAAGCAUGUUUAUAGACAAUUUCCUUUUAAAUAAUACAUACAAUAUAUAUACACAUAUGUAUAUAUCGAUGAAGUUUUAAAAUGUAUGUAAAUCUAAGAGAGACGCGUGUAUGUGAUUGCUCAAAGGCGUUAAAUCGGAAAGAAACGAAAAAAAUCGUAGAAAAUUUAGAAAAGAAAGAGAAAUAUAACGAAUUUGUGCGUUUCAGCAGUGCAUACUUUUAGGCGCUUAAAAUUAAAUACGCUUUACUUAGUUUAUAUAUAUAUAUUUUUGUAAAUUGUAUAUUUGUUUAAAUUUUAGCAAAUAUUUUAAGCUAAAUUAUGCAGCACAAAACGAUUUGUUUGCCAUUUACCGUUUUAUAACUGUAUUUAUUGCAAUUUACCGCUCGCUUUUGCUCCUAACACAACAAUAAUAAAUAAACCGUUAAAUUUGUCGUAGUCUUAAGAGCUGCCAUUCGCAUUGUUGUUAUUAAAUUGCCAAAACUUAGUUUUAAUUCAAAUAGUUUAUAUUUAUAUAAAUAUCUAUAUGUAUAUGUAUAUGUAUAUGUAUGCAACUGCAAUUGUAAGAAACGUAUUAUAAAUCGCAUGGCUCAAACAUGUUUUUAUUUCACUAUAAUUUUAAUUAUAAUUAUUAUUGCUACUGUAUUUGCUAAGCAGCCGAAAAAUUUUGCGUACAACUUAACUAUAAAACAGAUCUCUCGCAUCCUACAAACAUACAACGCAUACUUACAAAUAAUAAAAACAAAAAAAAAACUCAAAAAUAAUAAAAAAUAAAAAAUAAAAAAGAAAUAGAAAUGAUGCCGUCAGUAAGUUAUGUAAGCCAAAUAAAAUAUUAUUUUUAAUCACCAACAAAUUUAGCUGUAAACUGGCACAGCGUUGCCAUCUACACAUACAAAAUAAAAGUUAUUGUAUUUUUGUGUCAUUAUGUAAUUAUUGCACAUUGUUGCUGCACAAAAACAAAAAUUCAAACAUUUUCGGCGCACAUUCUAUUGUACUUAUACUCAUAAUUUUAUUGCAUUUUUUUGGAUUUUCGCCCAAAUUUUAAAUAAUUUUAAUAAAUGCCUAUAUUAAGUGCUACGAAAUUUUA